ACAUAACCCGCGAGUUUCAAUUUUCAAAUAAACGACUGUUGGUCUCCAUUAAGUGUUCUGUCUAUGGUGUGAAGUGCUCAGUUAACAUUGUGUGUGUUGUGGCUUUAGGUCUUCCCGCUUUCCAGUGACUGCUGAAUACACGUGUUACAUUCUGUGUAAGACAGGGAUGACAAUCGGUUUAGAAUUAUUGGUUGAUUGAUUGAAUACAUACAUUUAAUUCGGCAGUUGUAGUUAUGUAGAGCUAACUGAGCUGAGAAUAUACACAAAACCCGUCAGAGGAUUUAGUCUAACGGCGAUUCCAGUGGAGAGAUCGACGAGACUAUAAUUUAUAGAUAAAUCAAUCAUAUUUACGACAACAGGUCCUGGAUUUCGGCGCGAAAUUCUUUAUCUGUUUGGCUAAAUAGCGUCUCGACAUUUUAUCUGGUGUCAGUUCGUAAUGAAAAUCCUAAAUCUAAUCCAUAUUCCUAACCAUCAACUGCAAAUCAUAAUCCUUAUUCUUCAAACUGGUUUGAAACCCUCAUUUAGUCAGUCUGUAGAUAGACAUUCUUAAGGCCACUUCAGUGUCGCUCAGAGGUCCAUAAAUUAUAGUCUCACCGAGGGCUCUAACGAUCUGAAAUCAUCCCGUAUGCUUGCUCACGAGCAGGUUUUAGGCUUUUGGGAGCUUGUUUAAUAAACUUUUAUAGUAGUUCCAAGUCUAUACUCUCGACAAAUUGAUUAAGAACUAUCUCUUCAAGUUUUGUUCUGGAAUAAUUUGCGGAUUUCACUGUCGCUAAUUUUUAAAGCGUCCAAUAAGGCAGCUGACUUUUCUUCAUUUUACUGAGCAUGAUGAAACUUCUCUUAACUAAUCAGGAUGCCUUAAAGGCCCGAAUACUGGUCGCAUUUCAGUAAAAGAAUCAUUUAUUUCUUUUGUCGGUAGGAUCCUUAUACUUGAUAGUCUUGGCUCCUUCAAUACUUCUCUAGAAAUGAGGGUGUCUAGUAAGCAAGUUUGUCGGUUGCUGGCGAAAUCCAUCAGAAUUUGUCGGCAUUCUAGUACCCAUACAGAAGACGAUCCUCCAGGAAGAUAUUUUUCAGGUGGUUGGAUUUGUGGUUCAGCUGACUGUUUAUCUUUUAGCACCCAUAUUAAUCCACAUAGUUUUGUUCUACGGUAGUAGUCUCAUGCUUCCGUGUUACACUAUGAUUUUACUAUUGAAUCAAUUUUAUUCUAGGCAAACUGGAAUUUCAAGGCUACUUUUAUAGGCUUACCAGAAACGUAUCAAGCAACUCGGUCAGUUGGUUGAAAUCGCCAUCAGAGUAAAUUCCUCAAGAUGUGUGGAUGCUGAUAAAGGGUCUUGGUGCCUUGUGGGUGUUAGCAGCUCUAGAAGUUUCAUUUGUCCAUAGUAGAUGAGGUGUAUGUCCAGUAGACCUAUUGACGCUAUCGCUAUAUGCCAGGAAACACUUGUUUAUAGCUAGAUCUAUCGAUCUGGUUUCUUCCUGACUAAAAAAAUACUUUUAGUAGCGUUCUGUGAAUCAGUUUGGUCCGCUUGAUAAGCCCAUUGCAUUCUGGAUGGUAGGCAGUUGUUCGCGUUUUGCGAAUUCCCAACAAGAAAGAGAGAAUUCAGCGAAUAAAGUUUUCUUUUCGACGAAGUCAUUUUUGUGAUAUAAUCCUUUCUGUCCUCCUAUAGACAUACAUUUCCCAUAUAACAAUAUAUACGAAUGUACAGCUUAGGUAAAUGAUUUCGUCGAAAAGAAAAUUUUCUUCGCUGAAUUCUCUUUUUCUUAUUUAAUGACACUUUGGGUUAUUUUAAUUAUCUGAAUUCUCAACAAUUAACAUAAUUCUUUAAAACGUAUGCUUUCCUAGUUGGCACCUCUUUCCGAUGGUAAUAAGAUUAUGAUAAUGCAGGACCGAUAACUUGAGCACUUGUAUCAGAUAAAACGGCUAGCAGUGGGAGGACGGUCCGGAUGUGUUAAAAUUGGCGUAGAACAAAACUUUUUUAACCAGUCGAAAGAAUGUCGGCACUUAUCAGUCUAUUCAAAGUUAAUAUCCUUUGAUAGCAAGGUAUGAAGGAGCUGAAAAUCUUUGGAAAAACCUACAAUAAGUUGCUAAACCUGAGUAUAUGUAACAUGAUGUACUCUGCCUCAAUCUUGGCCAAUUUUAUGGAUUAUUAAUUUGGAUAUAUAAUCGUCAAACCUGAAGAGAGAUUAUUGGGAAGAAUAUUCUUCGUGUGUUUUUCGCUUCGGAGUUACACUCAGAUUUUACGUUGGAAUCCUUUUUUUAUCCUAGACAUACCAAGAUUAUGUAUUAUCGCACGUGUCUUCGGACGGAAACGAAAGUUGUUGCGUAUGGAGGCCGAAUGUUACGUCAGUCAGAAAAAUCAUUCGAUUCGAGGGUAUAUACUGAGGUACCAUAAUAUACCUCGAGUACAGUUGCGUGUGGCACAAAAACAUCCACGAAGUACCUUUACAACCAGAAAAACUAUGGUUAAACACAUCAGCAGGGCCAGCCACCAAAACUACACAGAAUGAACAGGUCCUUAUGAAGUAACCGGUCUCAACAUAAUCUACGUGUGAAAUAAAAGUUACCAGAUACGAUUCCCAGUCACCUAUGAUCGUUCACUGUAAUGGCCUAAAACAGGCGUACGAUUAUAUAUAAUAUAUGGUUAACCAAAGUUUACAUCUUACUUUUUUAAAAUUGAUCUACAAUUAUGUUCUGUUUUAUUUGUUUCUGAGUGAGGGAGGGGAAUUAACUUGUAUCCUAUUGUAAUUUCAUAUUGUUUUGUGUUCCUAAACGGUUUUUUAGUUCGGCGUCCCUGUUCAAAUAUUACCAUACGCUUUUAGGAUUGUUGUUUAUUUUUGUUACUUCAAAAAGAUUUUUCCUCUGUGGAGAUCAUUGACAGCGACUGAAGAUAACGCUCAAAGGAGAGGGAAGCAGUAACAUUGGUAAUACGGUAAGAUAGAAUCGACCUUUGAUUUGAAAUUAUUGAUUGACCGGUUGGAUAAAUACCAUUAAUUUGGCAGUUGCAGUUAGAUAAACCUAAUUGAGCUGAAAGCAUGCACGCAUCUCGUCGGGGAAUUUACUCUGAUGGCGAUUUCAACCGACUGAUGGAGCUGCCCAUUUUAGUUCUGAACCCGAGUAAUUCAUACGUACAUUCAUUAUUCAUAUUAAAACUAUCUAUCACUUCUAGUUGUGUCACUUUUCUUAUCUUAAUUCAUUGUAUAACUAAAUCCUAUCCUCGUUGUCUAUAGGAUGCUUGAUGGUGGUCCACAUACUCAUCAAUUGGUUCGCCUGAGAAGAUAUAGUAACAUGCGGUCAGCUAUACUAAUGAAUACAAAUAUAUAUUUGCUAUAGUGGUGGGCAGCAUUACUUAAUAUUACUGUUAAUAAAUGCCCCUCGGUCACAAACAUCUGAAUAUGGAUGAGACUUAGUAUCAACUAUUUCAUUAUUUUCUUCCAGUAAACAUAGGAUGUAUAUUGUUUUCCAGAUGUCAAACGUGAUACGGUAUGAAAUGUCUCUAAUAAUUAAAGCUCUUGGCACUCCUGGUAUAAAAGAUGCUCUCAAAAGGCAUCUCAAAGGUAUGCUCGAUAAUGGUGCUCAUCUAUUCAACGUCGAGAAUCUUGGCUUGCGACGCCUUCCCAAUGUCUUUCAUGUUCAAGGAGAAAGGCAAUAUGAAGGGCACUACUUCCUCAUUAAUUUCAAUGCGCCACAUGAUUCACUUAACCAAAUAAGAAAAAUGGCGCGUAAAGACUCAGAUAUCAUCAAGUGUUUCGCUGCCCUUAAAGACGAUGGAUGGGUGCCACCGUGUUCAUUGCCAAAUGCAGCUAAUUGCGAAUUCGGCGAAAUCAGGAAUCCGAAUUAUGAAAAGACGGCUAGACGAAGACACGGUUACCGAUUGUAUUAAAUGGGAGUAACCAUCAAGUAUAUAAUAGACGAAAGCUUGUAAACUAAUGCUUGUUUUUUUCGACGAGUAUCUAUGUAUGGGAUGAGUGUCCUAGCAAACAUUCAAUGGUUGAACUUUAUUUUCAUUACUUCGGACAGUAUUUCCCACUUAACGUACUAUUUUACGAGAUCCGCUUGUUUUUAGGUUACGAUAUAUUUUGUCAAGAACCACUAAACCUUGCACGAAUAUUUAUGUGUUAAAGUAAAUAAAUGACAUCUUUCAACCACCUAAGUCAAUGGACAUCCACAACUUUGUGAAGAACUAUCUCGUCUGACCAACUGCUACGUUCACUUUUCAUAUUACUCGACUCUGUUUACGACCACAGAUACGUUAAUUCAGUUUAGAUUCAAAUUACCGACGCUAGUUUUGUCCCCAG